CUUUCGCAGUCACGUGACUGUUGCAGCCAAUCGCAGCGCAGGCGUUCUACAGCGUACCCUGCGCGGAAGAAAUGCGCAAAUGUUCAGUAACUUUACAAAAUGCCGUCGGAGGCGAAACCUUUGUUGACAGCUCAGACAGAAAAGCCGAACCACUACUCGUAUUUGAAGGAAUUUCGCGUCGAGCAAUGCCCCCUCUUUCUGCAGCAUAAAUGUACACAACAUAGACCGUAUACAUGUUUUCACUGGCAUUUCAUGAACCAGAGGCGUCGCCGCCCGGUUAGGAAGAGAGAUGGUGCCUUUAAUUACAGUGCAGAUAAUUAUUGUACCAAGUUUGAUGAAACAACAGGAUUGUGUCCAGAAGGGGACGACUGCCCUUAUCUGCACCGAACUGCUGGUGACACUGAACGAAGAUAUCACUUGAGAUAUUACAAAACCUGUAUGUGUGUGCAUGAUACUGAUUCACGCGGAUUUUGUGUGAAAAAUGGCCCUCAUUGUGCCUUUGCUCAUGGAACGCAUGACAUUAGACCUCCUGUCUAUGAUAUCAAAGAAAUUCAGGCGGCAGAGAACCCUGAUGGAGACCCAAAUUCGACAUCAAAUGGUCCCAAUGCCCUGGAUAAGGAAAGAAAUCUAAUGAAUGAAGAUCCUAAAUGGCAAGAUACAAAUUAUGUGCUUGCUAAUUAUAAGACAGAGCAAUGCAAGCGCCCACCGCGUUUAUGUCGUCAAGGUUAUGCAUGUCCCCAAUAUCAUAAUUCUCGAGAUAAAAGGAGGAGCCCAAGAAAAUUUAAAUACAGGUCAACACCUUGCCCUAGUGUAAAACAUGGUGAUGAAUGGGGUGAACCUUCAAAUUGUGAAAGCGGCGAUGCUUGCCAGUACUGCCACACUAGAACAGAGCAGCAGUUUCAUCCAGAGAUUUACAAGUCAACUAAGUGCAAUGAUGUGCAACAAGCUGGCUACUGCCCUCGUGGGGUGUUCUGCGCCUUUGCACAUGUCGAUCAAGAAAUGAGCAUUGCUCGCGAUAUUGUCGCCCCACAUGAUUCAGGAACUAAUUUGGCUGAAAUAUUAUCAUCAGCGUUGCCUGCUGUAGAGAACAACAAACAAAAUAAUAAUAAGCAGGAGAAAGGAAGUGACUCGUCUGCUGGUAGUGGUGAAGUGUCUGAAUCUGCUUCUACAAGCAGUCUAUGCUCCAACAGUUCUCACAGCAAAGCCCCUGGUGCUCAACUUGCACACAAUCGCAUUGAAAAUAACCACCUUUACACUCAGAGCAAUGGGCCUGACAUCUUAAAUGGGGGUUUGGGGCGCAAUCCCUUGAUGUCUCUGGAUAAUGAUGGAGUAAUGGAAUCUGAAAAGAACCAGCGCAAACAAAAUCUUUACAUGAACUUUAAUCAAAACUCUAACUCCCUAGUUAACUCACUAGGCCUGGCUAUGUCUCCAAUGACAAAUUCUUUUUAUUCUGCCAAUGAUACCAUAGAGAGUGUUGUGGGGAAUGCCCUAGAUGAUUUGAAUUUAGAUGAUGCUCUCAAUCUAGCUGCCUCUAUGGAUCGUGACUUUGAGACUGAAUCACCAACCAUUAGCAAUUCAAUCUCAGCUGGUCUAGCAAGCUCUGGAAUAUUGAGUGGCUCUGCACCCGUGAACAUUCCAGGUAGCACAUUGAAUGAUCGUGCCAAUUGUUUGGGAAACUUCUCUCCAUCCACUUCAUCUCCUCUGCAUCAUCUUGGGUCUGGAUUUUUGUCAGCAUCGCGGUAUUCUCAUCAGGAUUCCUUAGAUUCCAACCCAGCAUUUUUGAAUCACCAUCAAACUCAUCCUCUACAGCUGAGCAGCAGUGGUUCAAAAAUGGGGAGUAAUCACUUUCCAAUUGGUGGGGGAAGUGGUAGUAAUAUGGGAGGUUUAGGCUUUGAAUUCAACAAUCUUUCUCCUGGUGGAAGGACACAUGCCAAUCAUAUUAUGAACAACUUUCCUAUCAGCCCAUCCUUAGCUAACAACUCAUAUAACAAAUUAAGAGAAGAACUGACCACUAGUAGAUCUAAAAUGGCCUCUUGGGAUGAAGGAAUAGCCCAAGCCAGAAAAGCUUGUGAAGCGUGGCAAAGAGAAGCUGAAGAUGCCAAUACAAAAGCCAAUAUAGCAGAAAGACAAAGAGAUGAGGCAAUGACACAAGUCAAGCUUUUGCAAGGAGAAUUAGAAAUGCGCCAGGGUGGGCCUUUUAUUCAUGCUUUGCAUAGAGUCUCAGAAUUACGCACUCUAUCAUUGCCAUCUUUAAAAAAUCUACAAGCGCAGUUAAAAUCUGAUUUGGAAGAAAUUGAAAAGGUUCUAUAUCAACAAACCGCAUCUAAGUGUAUGGUGUGUGAAGAGCAGGAGCGUAGUGUAACUUUGAGCCCAUGUAAUCAUCUUGCAUUAUGUGCUAUGUGUGCUCCUAAGCAAAAAGAGUGUCCUUAUUGCCAGAUACCAAUAGCACAUACUACUCAUUCUACGCCCACUACUACUGUAGCUAUGUAGACAUAGGUAACGCCAUCACAAGACUUUAAAUCAUAAGCCCCAUCAUCAGAUCUAGCUAUUAUAUAUCUCUCUCUUUGGUAGCUGUUUCUUUAUAAACAAACACUUUAUUCGUUGGACACAUUUGGGAAUGGGUUUGAUUGUCUUAGGGCUAAGUUUUGUAUGAAGCUCGUAAGUAUGGCAAUAUAUUUCUCUGAGGUGAUUGGCUUAGCAGACUAUGAUUUUAACAGUUUUAUAUCUUAAUGGAAGAUUUUUACAGCCCUUUUAGCUAUUUCAUUUUUUCCCCCCUUAUUGUUUUGCCUGAGAAAUAGAAGUUAUGGGAUAGUGUGUUUCAAGCUUUAAAACAACAAUUGUAAAGACCAGCAUUAGCCAUCCUGACCAAGAAUGUCUACGGCUCUAUCUGUGCAAGCUUGUUAACAUUGGAAGAUAAAAAGACCAAUUAUCAGUUUCCUUGUUGUUGUGCGAUACCCAAUGUGCUUGAACUUCAUUCUCUAGAAAAUGCAUUUAAUUUAGCAACAGUCCUCAAUGCGCUGAAUGUGAUCUGGAGUCUUGCAACUUUGAAUUUAUUUCUGUUUAGAGGAUGUGCUCAUGUACAGAGGGUAAGCAGUCUGUUUCAUGUCAAGGCCUGUAGCACAUUCUUGCCAAGAAUUUCGCAAGGUGAGUCCAUAGUCUUGUGAAGAUUAGUCUGCCAAAAGCGAAUUCUCCCCAGACAAGUUUGAAGCUUGUAGCUGCUUUCACCUUGCGCAGUUCCGUAAGGAUGUUCUUCUUCAUUUAUAAUCUGCAUAAUUAAUUUUAAUAACUCUAGAAGCUCUCAGCUUUAAAUAUGAUGGAUUUUGAAAGUCACUACCUUUGUUCUCAUGCACACGAGGAAACAUUGUUAUUUACUCUAGGAAAAACAUUUCUUGUAGAAUUGUAUGAUAUAUUCUUACACUCCAGAUUUACAGAUUGUUAUAAUUUUAACUCCCUUUUUUUAGAAUUUGUGUAAUUACAAGGUGGGCCAAUCAAUUGUUACUUUUCAAUUUGUGGAAUAUGUCUUUAUAUUUUAGAAACGAAUUCAUGUUGCAAACCUUAUCAGUAAAACUAGUCUGGUUGCAGAAGGAAACUUGGUGAGACACGUUGCUAGAGACCUCAUUGUGGACAGCUUUUUUUUUCUGUGUCUUAAGUAUUGGUUGAAUUUCUACUUCAGAUUAUAUUUCAUGCUCUUUGCCCCAAGUUUAAUGAAUUUGUAUGUUUGUAUUAAAUUGGGAUUUUCUUUCAGAGCACAGUGAAACCGCUUAAUUUCAAUCAAUUUUUCUCAGGUGUAGGUUCAAAAAAAUUCUGUUUGUUGAUGAAGGGAACAUUAAAAUUCCCUUUUGUGGUUUUCUUUUUUUGUAAGCUUGGUUUUUGUCUUAGGUAUCUCAUUCUCUUAAUUUUCUGUGAGGCGGCACUGCCUCAGAGGAUUGAUUGUUUGUCCACAGUACAUGGACAAGCUUAAAGCUUCAAAGCAGCUUCUGGCAAAGCACUGGGCUUCAUUUGAUUAACUGAGUUUAUAUGAGUGUUGCUCACACUUGUAUCCCAAAGAGGCAUAUUGUUAUUUAGUUUCUGUUCAAUUUCUUUUCUUGUUUUUUUUUUUACCAUUAUUGCUCCUUUGUUCACAUUAUGCUCUUUCAAUUGUAUUUCUUAACACGUUUCUCAGUCAAUAGCAUUUUAGCUAUUUUGACCUUUAGGGUAGUUUAUCUUAAUUUACUUUCAUAACAGCAAAAAAAAUCUAUAGCAAACACCACACUAGUGUUAAUUGAUCUGGUAGUGCAGAUGUUUAUUUUUUAUUGAAUCUGAUUACAGCAUAGAUCAAAGUAUUAUUAAAGAGGAACAUUUGCUGAGUGAAAAUCAUUGUUUUAGACAUGUAUUUAUUAAUGUAUGGCUACAGAUGAGUCUUACUUUCUCAAGCAAUAUCAUAGGUUUAAUAUUUAUAUGUGGUCAGUGUUGAUAUGUUAUGAAAAUAUAACAGUGUGGAAAAGUUUACAUUGUGUGCAAAUUGUAUGCUUUUUAAUCUGUAUGCAACCACUGAAAAGGGGAACUGAAGCUCGUUUCUUACUGUAACUAUUCUCACCCAAAAUGAUAAAAAAAUACCCUAUAUGAUACUGUUAUGAUACUGUUGCCAUGUUUUAAGACAAGAAGCUUUUUGUAUCUUGAACUGUUCAUGCUAUUCAUGAGUGGCUGUAACUUCCUGAGCAAAAUACUGUAAUACAAAUAUUGUAUUCAUUGAUGGCAAUGGAUCAGAAAGACUGUUUAUGACGUAAGUUUCAGGAGCUCUUGAUUUGACUUAGCUGGCAAUAAUUUUAUUGUGAUUGUUUGUUAUUGUCACUUUCAUAUUCUCUGAAACAUGGACAUAAUUGUACUGAUUGAAUCCUAAAAUUUACUGACACCAAAUUUUUCCUCAUGCUGCUUUGUAGAGAUGGCUCACAUCCUUGCAGUUACUCCCUUUUUUUGGUAACUGCCUUGAGGUGAGCCAUGACGUUGACGUUAUUGCUUAACUAAUUUAUUGAAGAGCAAGGCCUUCCUCUGAUCCAAAAGCUUAGGACCUUUUUAUACUAUCAAUGAAUUUCUUGACCUUGUAAGACUCAAAUGCCAAUAUGACACAUUUGCUAUGUUCGAAAAUUAUUAGUCUUUAGAUAGCUUUGAUAAUAAUGUUCUGUAUUUACUUCAUCCAAGUGUUUUUGUGAGAAAGAAUGUUUUGUCAACCAUGAUUCUGCAUUGAAUGUACCCGAAUUGUCUAAUAUUCAGAGCACAUCAGUGUUUUCGUUAUUUUGUCAAUCUUCAUCAAGCUUGAUUGCUGUGCUUUACACUGCUGUUUGUUGCUGCAUAACAUGCUAGGUGCCUAUUUUAAUUUAUCUGUUGCUAGUUUAAAGGAAUCCCAUUUCCUUGUUAUACGUAUGCACAUUAUGAACUUGCCAUGUUAACGUUGAUUUGUGCGUCUGUUCCCUCCUCCGCUCUCCCCCUUCAGUAUAAAUCUGUAUUUACCUCUUCUGCCCCAUGUAUUACCUGUUAAUAACUGACGCGGCCUUCUUUUUAGAAUCUAAUGUGAUAAAUGGGAUUUAUCAUGCAACAAUCUGUGCCGUUGUUCUCACUGCCACUUAUCUGUACCUUUAUGUUCGGUUUCCCAACGUUUGUACAACAUGGGGCUCUCAAUACUUCAUUACUACAUGCUACUGUAAGCUUGUUGUGGCCUUAGCAUUUCAUUCAAGUCAUCUGAUGGUAUCUUUCAUGGUGUUAAUCAAUCAUAAUUUUAUCUGUCUGUUCUGUGGAGUUUUUUCUUUCUUCAUGUUUGAGAACUCUCAUAGCUUCAUAGCUCUCUGCAGCUUUGCCAUUCUUCUCAAUAUUUUGCUGGUGAGAAAUGCAACAAGCCAUUACAAAUGCCUCACACAAAAUCUGGAUUAUGGAGAACAUAUCAAAAUGUGUUGACACACCUGAUGAAGCUUGAUUUAAAACUGAAGCUAGCUUUUUUGGUUGGAUCCUGUCUUGCUCUGUUUUUUUCUUAUUUCUUUUAUUAUUUAAAUUGAAAACUGAAUUAUUUAUUUGUUUGUUUGUUUGUACCUACUAAGAGAGGUGUUCAGAAUUUGUUCUUAAUUCAACUGUGCAUGGUAGUUCAACUUCUAAUUUUCCUUGGUUUUCCUUAGCAAGAUGUUGCCUGUGAUUUGCGAGUUUCUUCCUCCAGUCAAUUUCUUUUUGUGAAAUAAGGGGUUUGGAAGGUCUGAUAAUUUUUGUUUUCAUCCUGUUGUUCACAAAGUAAUUUUCUUAUUUAAAGGGUAUGCUUUCAACUAGAACAACUAAGGUCCAGUAAACUUCAUUAAGUAACACUAUAUUCCCAAGGAAUGAAUUAAGGGUGGUAUAUUCUUCAUUCAUUUCUUCCUGGCUCCUUGCUUCAAAUUCUGCACACUUCUCUUAAAUUCCGGUAAAAUUAGUGAGUCAUUGUUUCAUUUUCAUGUGAUUUUAAGAACGAGCAUAUUAGCUUAUAAUGUUUGAAUGAAAGUACUCAAAUACCUUUACUUUGACCUUUAUAUAAAUUGUGCUAAGAUAAUAGGCCUACAUACUUUUAGCAUUGAGUGUGUCUUUGUCCUAAUGUAAUGACACAGGUUCUAGGCAGUUAAUCAGUGGCUGCUUUUGCAUAUGUUUUCCUUGGUUGAAUUUUUUGAAACGCCAAGACUGCUACUUUGAUCAAUUUGUAUUGAAGCAUUGGUUCUUGUAAUAAUGAAUUUGACCAAUGCUCUUAAAUUUCUGUACUGCAAAUGUAUAUUGCAUUUUAAUCAAUCCUCUUUUAUUGUGCAUUAUUGCGACCUUAUUUAUUUCUUAGAGAGAAAGUCUCACUUGAAAUUUGGUGGCUGUGGUCCUGCUACUUUAUAGUACAUUCCUGAGAUGAAAACUUAUUAUUGUAAAAACGGAUUAACAUGAAAUAUCUAAAAGCAGAGCAGGAACAUGGUGCCAUGUGGUUUUCAGAAUUUAUCUUUUUUGUGUGUGUGUGCAUUUAUCAAUGAAAUUUGAUAUAUUUCAAUUCAUUUGUAGUAGUGGCACAUUUAAAGCAGUCACAUAUAUUUCCAGUAGCAAAGCUUUGGCAUAAAUGCAUAGACUUGCAGGUAACAUGACUUUGCUGCAAGGGGAACAGAAAAUGAUAUUGCUUGUGAUUUUCUAUAUUAUUUACAGCCUCUUACUAUUUGAGAGUUCCAUGAUUUGUCUUUGGUAAGGCAGUAGGUUGAUGUAAUCUAUUUUUCCAUAUGUGUGACAUUUUCAAAUGUAAUAAAACGCGACAAAGCCUUGUUAUUAGGAACAAAUUCCAUAAUUUAUAAUUAUUGCUUUGAAAAUUUUCUGUGUUUUUCUUUGCUUUGCACAAGCAGGAAUGAAGAGAAUAUCUUUAACAUUAAAUGUAUAAUUAUAUAUUUUUAAUUUAGUUGUACCUUUGUUUGGAUUAAACCCGAACAGACUUGACAGCAGAAA